AAGGGAAAUUUACACCAAAAAUCAUGACAAUAUCAAAAAUAGAUUAAUAUUGGCGUGACUGGCAAAAACAAUUAUUAAAACCAUUAACAACAUGGAUGAAAGACACUGGUGGUUUGCUACUAAGCUGCAAGAGACAUUUCAUAUUGGAGCUUUGGAUAAUCCAACAAUGUUGGAGGAUUUCAUGGCUGAACAAAGCACACUUGACUAUAUCAAUGACUUCUUGGCUCCAGAAGGACACAAGAAACUCUUUUUUACCUGUCCUAAACCAGACCCUAAUAGUCUUACUACAAGAAAAAUGACUGUUUCUAGCUCUUGUGUAAAGCUUAAAGAAGUUAUGGAUGAAAAUGCAAUUUGUUUGUAUUUUAUUCGCUCAAACGUGAACCGUGUUAUUGACCCAACUUGCGUCGAGAAGGAAGUUUAUUGUGGAGAAAUUAAAGAAAACCCGUUAGUUAACUUCAGUUCUUUACUGUCAGGAGUAUUUGCUCCUGUGCUGCAUGCACAGAAAGACUGGGGUCAAUGCACAGAAGAAGAACAGCAACAUUUUUUAAAUCAAAUUGACAAGUACACCAACACACUUGUUGAAUAUGCCAAUGCUACGAUAGCACCACAGCARAUAUUGAAGAAGCCAGACCAGCAGGUUAAUACGGAUUUCAAGCAAAACAGAGCUGCUGCAGUAAAUCCUGUUAUYCUUCAAGAGUAUGAAAACUUGGUCUUGGACUGGAUUUCUACGAUAGAAAGCAUCUUGAUGGAUGGAUUUGAGGACAGGCCUGAUAUCAAUGCUGGUCCACUAAGUGAGCUAGACAAAUGGAAGCGCAGGCAGAAGACACUUGUUAGUGUUACUGACCAGUUAAGGGGAAAAGAGUGCAAGGCUGUCAUAGCUGUCAUGAUUACAGCAAAAUCAAAAGUCUUGAAAAGAUGGAAAGCAAUAGACUCCAGCAUCACAGAUGCCUUGAAUGAAACAAAAGACAAAGUCAGAUACCUUGAAUCAUUGCGCAAGUACCUGGAUCAGCUGUACUCUGGUGUUCCACUUAGUACCAUAUGCAGUACAACUCUUCCUGGACUGAUGGCCAGCAUCAGACAGAUGGAUGCAGUAUCCAGAUAUUAUGCAAGAAAUGGUUAUUUAGGAUUGCUGUUUUCAAAGAUUUCUAAUCAGUUGGUAGUAACAGCAAAACAGUACCUCAGGGGGAGCACCAUGGUAGGUGAUGAGGACCAGCUCUGGAAACGUGUGCAAGAAGAAGUAGAUAUAUGUGCUUUAGGAACAACAGCUACUGCUGCUGUCCUUGUCAAAACAAAAACAAGUAAAAAGAAAGUGCCCAAAGAUGCACCCAGUGAGGAAGGCUUUAUGACACGAUUGAUGGUCUGCUURUCAUUACAAAAGCAGUACCGUGACAUGUUAAGAAGCUUGCGUGACAGCCUAGGUGGAUCACACUCAUUAUCACAGGUGACAUCUGUAACUCCAACGACCAAUAAGAGAUCAGUAAUGACUGGAAGCAAUCUUAACUUGAUGUCACCAUCAACAUUAAGUCCAAACAAAAUGUCUGUAUCUCAAAGCGUGCGGUUCAGGGGAGACCAUGAGAGUGUUACGAGUCAAGGAAGCAGUGGUAUUGCCUUCACUGAUGAAGAAUCUAUUAUGGGUUACCUGGAAAUAUUUUGUUUGCAUGUGCGCAACAUGAUUGACAUUAUCCAGACAUUGGGACAGCUGUCUAAAGUGGCGUCGGAUGUCAAGAAUCUAAUGAGAAUACCAAGUGAUGUAGUGAUUAAUGGAGUGCCAGAGGGGGACACAGACCAGCCUACCAAGGGUACAGAUGGGGUACAACACUUACCUGUUGUAGAUGUCACCAGUAAGAACCCACCAUCUAUCACUGGCAGCUCAGAACUAAGCUAUUCAAUUGAAGAUUCUGUAACAACCAGUAAAAAUAAUGGWAUUGGAAACAUCCUGGAAGGUAUUGAUGAAGAAGAACAAAUUGAAGAGAUCUACCAAGUAGAAGUGAUCCCAAGUAUUGCUAGUAUCAUCACAGAUACCAUCACAUCUGGUAUGCAAGGACCACUAGAGUCUGCCAUCACAACUAGUACAUUCUUAGAUGUGGAGGGGAAGGGAAGAGAAGUUUUUGAGCAGAGUUACACUGGAUUUGUAGCAUCAGUGURUAAGACUGAGAACUACAUUUGCAACUAUCUAAAGGGAUUGUUUUCCACAAAGCUUAACAUUCGCAAUGCUCUAAUACAUCUUACAAGCUUCAACAGCGUGAUCAACAGGUCAGGACUGAAGGCUGUUCUGUCAGAAAAGUUCUUAGAAGUCUUCUCCUGGUUUGAAAAUGAGCUUGAAGAGGUCCAGAAAAUAUAUGAAGCAGAGAAAGAAUCUCCUCCACUUGUUCGCAACUCUCCCAUGGUAGCAGGUUCUAUCACCUGGUCCAGGAAUCUACUGAGAAGAAUUGAAGAACCAAUGAAGAUUUUCAAAGAAAACAAGUUUAUCACAUCUUACAGGGAUUUCAAUCGAAUUGUCCGAUUCUAUAACCGUAUAGCUACAGCACUAGUGAAGUUUGAAAAUCUGUGGUUAAGUCUGUGGAAAUCUCGAAUAGACAGUGCUUGUGUGGGGUUGAAGGCCACUCUUCUUGCUAAACAUCCAUCAACUCAUCAGCUGAUUGUCAAUGCAGAUGGAAGGAUUUUCGAGCUAAUACAUGAAAGUAAGAGCUUGCUAAGACUUGGCGUUCAACUCCCACAGAAUGCAGUAGACAUACUAAGACAGGAAUCCCGUCUCAAGAAAUACAAACAGUCCCUGGAGCUCAUCCUGCAAGACUAUUACCAAGUGUGUUCUAGCGUCCCUGCACCUCUGACUCGCCUGUUAACUCCUCAUAUGGAAUCAGUACUACACUACCUACARCCUGGCCUGUCUACRCUGAACUGGAACAGCAUGAACAUUGAUGCAUACUUACACCAAGUACACUCMGCUACCGAUAGGCUACGGGAUAUUGUGGAUAACAUCAACCAGGUGAUACAAGAUGGUGUAGAAAAGAAGAUCAAGAAAAUCGAAAAGAUUAUUUUAUUUGACCCUAACUUGGCUUAUUCAAAGAUCUGGACUGUUGACAAGUUUGUUGAAGUAGAAGGAAAAGCUGUUCGAGGACAAGCCAAGGGGUUGUAUGAUCUGGUGAAAGAGGUGGAGAAUGCGCUACAGGAGAUCGUCGCAAUCUCCCAACAGCGUCGCAUUACAUCUCCAGGUAGUCCUAUCCUUACCCCAACACCCAGCACUAGUUACGGUAUGGAUAACCUUGGUCCUUCAACGCCUCGCCUUAGUAAACUUGGUACCAUGUUAUCUUCAGCGUCCCUCACACGUGGAGCCACUGCUGUCAGUGGGUUAACAGAUGAGUCYGUUAUUGGUGAUAUCUUUGGUCAUUACUGUAGUAUGGUAUUUGAUGGUGUAUUAACAUCUAUCGUCUCUUCUCUCAUGGUAUUUGGCGAUUGUGUUAAACCUCUGGGUAGACUUACUAGUGGAAUACAAGUCUGUCAAGGCUCUAGUCCUCAAGACCUUGAUGAUGACCUUGAUGAUGACCUCAGUGAGUUUGGAGACAGUGCAGUAUCUUUUUGUCUUGGACCAUCUGCUAAACGAGAACAACUGCUCAAGUUUGAGGUUCAAAUACGGUUCAAUAUUCCUGAUAUUGUGAUCGAACCAUCCCUUGAUAUAAUCCAAGAUGGUGUGAAUAAGAUAGCAAGUGAUCUAGUUGAUGUGUCCAAGGCCAUUAUGUGGUGGGCUGCUGAUGUUAACGAGUCUUUYCAUGGCCUGGUGUCUAAAAACGACAAAGUACAAAACCAACUACAGGAGCUGUCUACCGUCGUUACCAGUCUACAAGAAACAGUCGAUAGGCAACUACUGAAGUUUCGUCGUUAUGAUUUCCUGUGGAAAGAUGACAUGCAYGCUUUGUAUCACUCGUUUGUGGAGAGCGAUCCUGGCACAAGCAGGUUUAAAGAAGAGGUGGAGAGCCUGCAGCGAAUAGAAGAARACGUGUUAAGUAUCCCAGAUAGGCUUGCUAUUGGGUCUGUUAGUCUGAGCACCUCCCCUAUAAAGGACUCUUUGCAUGGAUUUGCUGUGGCUUGGAAAUUACGUUACUCAACACAGUUACACGAAGAAGCCAAGAUCGAGUUGGACAAAAUCGUGACCCACAGGAAUGAUAUCUAUGAGCARCUGUCUAAACCCGUCACCACCCUAGACGAGUUAAAUAGUGCCUUCCAACUACUACWACAGUUAGGAGACAUGGAAAACACUAUCGAUGAUGUGUACCUGCCUGUGGAGAACAUCUAUGAUAAGCUGAGAGAAUACAAGCUGAAUCUACCGCGUAAGGAAGUGGAAGAGGUGGAUAAUCUCCGUGAAGAAUGGACCAAAUUGAUCGAGCUUGCAGAGGCCGUACGCACGGAGUUGUUGGUUAAAAAACGUAAUAUGUUCGAACAAGAGUUAGAUAAAGAAGUCAAGGCUUUCGUGGUUAAUGUGAUCCAGUUUCGUAACAGUUUCGAUAGUCAAGGGCCUGGUAUUCCUAGCGUUCGACCAGCUGAAGCAGUCAUAAGACUACAAGACUUCCAGCAGCGUUAUACUCAGUACGAAGCCAACAGGAAGACUUUGGACUCUGUACAACUAUUGUUUGGUAUCAUACCGACUCCAUUCCCAGAACUGGAUAAAACUGGCGAGGAACUUAAACUUCUUGGUCAACUGUACGGUUUGUUUCAACAGUAUAUAUCGUUUGAUCAAAGGUUUCGAGAUACCCUGUGGUCUGAAGUAGACUUGAUCGUUGCCAACCAAGAGAUGGAGCAUUACUGGCAAGAAUGUACGCGUCUGCCUCCACGUAUUCAAGGAUGGGAAGCUUAUAAAGAAAUGAGAGAUGCUAUACAAGAAUAUCUGCAUGUCUUCCCCAUCCUACACAAACUGAAUGCCAAGGAGAUUCGUAAUCGUCACUGGCUGCAGGUCAUGAGUGUCACCGGCUCAUCCUUCCAACUUGAGGCUCAUAUCUUUAAGCUUGUUCAUUUACUGGACAUUGGUCUUCUGGAGCAUCAGAAUGAGAUCCAAGAUAUUUGCCGCUCAGCAAGCCGUGAACUGGAACUAGAACUGAAAAUGCGAAGUAUUGAAGAGGAAUGGACAGAACAGGUGUUGUCAUUUGAGAACUUCAAAAACCGUGGUUUAGUAUGCCUGAGUCACAGCAAUACAGAGAAUCUGUUGGAUGUCCUGGAAGACGCUCAGGCUACUCUUGCUAUGAUGUUAACAUCUAGACAUAUUGGGCCAUUACGAGACGAGGCUGCUGCAUGGGCCUUGAAGCUGAAGGAAAUCAGUGAAGUACUCGAACAGUGGUUAACAGUACAAGACCUGUGGAAGCAUUUAGAAGAGGUGUUCAGUAACAGCGCUACAGCAAAGGAGUUACCUCAGGAAUAUAACCGUUUCGCGCGGGUUGAUAAGAGUUACAUGAAGAUGAUGAAGAGAGCCUACGAAACGAAGAAUGUCUUGCAGUGUUGUGUAGGUGGUGACGUACCGAAGAUUCAGAUGUUAAAACAUUUGCAUGAAGAACUGGAAAUUUGCUUCAAGUCACUCGUUGGGUUCUUGGACUCGAAGAGAAAGGUGUUUCCAAGGUUUUGUUUUGUGACAGACACGGUGCUGUUGGCUAUCCUUAGCAAACCACACAAUCUAGAUUCACUUAAACCAUACAUCAGGUGUUUGUUCUCUAGUGUCACUGAUGUUAGUCUCAUCCAAGUCGCACCUGAAUCCGCACCACCCAAGAAGAAUCUAUUCCUGAGCAGCGUUUCUCAAUGGAAACAAAGGGCUCGUGAAGACAGCGCUUCGUUUAGUAUGUCCAAAGAAGAAGGACGGUCUUUGAAGCCUUUUGAUGCAGCGAACAUCAAAGACUCAGAUGUCAUCAURCAUCGUUCCAGUGUAAUGCAUUCAUCACUUGAACUACGAGACUUGGAUUGGAGAAGUACAAUACCACAGAAUAUUGCUACUGCUGUUAGUUCUGACCUGGGGGAAACUGUUCAACUUAAGACUCAGGUUCCUUUGACAUCAAGUGUAGACGUGUGGCUGUCAGCAUUACUGAAGAGUAUUCACGGCUCGUUGUAUUCUGAUAUCAAGGAAUGCAUCAAUGAUAUCGAUGCGUCUCAGAGCAUCGAGGAAUGGGCAGGAAAGUAUCCYGCGCAAGUAUGUCGGCUUGGCCUUCUGUACGUGUGGACAAAAGAAUGUGAAGCGGGUAUCGCAGACAUCCGUAUUGACAGGAAGGCUUUACCAAAUGCUACCAAACGAUUCUGGUCUGGUUUAACUAAAAUACCAAACCUGCUGGCUCGAGGAUCAUGGAAACACAGUGAUGGACAGAUGCCUGCCUAUCAUAAAAUCAGAUUAGAAACUCUCUUGUCGCAAGGGAUGUUUCUGAGGGAUAUCUUAGACGAUCUUGGCAGACGUAAACUAAGAGAUGUUGUGGACUUUGAGUGGAAAAGAAACAUUCGCUUCUAUGGAACAGGAAGCAGCAAAGCUAUUGGGUUGCCAUUAGAAACAGAGGACAAGGACCAAUCAGAGAACAGUGAACCAACAGUGAUUGAAGACAAGGAUUUGUCUAGGGAUCCUUUCGUUAUUCAUAUGUUAGAUGCUCAACUACCGUAUGACUGUGAGUUCUACGGCGAUGAAGGUGGCCUGGUACUGACACCUGUUACCGAGAGAUGUUUCCUCACACUAACACAGUCUAUAUGGAAUUUCUAUGGCGGCGCACUUCAAGGUGCCACAGAUACAGGCAAGACAGAGACCAUCAAGGGUUUGGCGUAUUUACUGGGUCGGUAUCUAGUAACCUUGAGUUGUUCACCUAGAAUGGCUGCUUCUGGUAUUGGCAAAAUUAUCGUUGGUCUUGCUGAGGAAGGAUGYUGGGGUCUGAUGGACGAAUUUCAUCAAGUUAACAAAGAGGUCGUGUCUGUAUUAGUGUACGAGAUACAAGCAGUACUGUUAGCAAUGCGUGCAGGAACAUCUACAUGUACCAUAGAUGAUAGUAAAGAGAUUAAUGUCAAUCCGAAUUUCUCAGUUUUCCUAACUGCUUCCAUUAAUGGCGAAAGAAGACAACUUCCGCCGGAAGUGAAAGCGCUUUUCCGUUCUGUUGCUAUGGUUGUACCAGAUGUUUCAUUGGUGCUGCGGGCUCAUUGUGCAGGCCAAGGAUUUAAGUCUCACAAGGUCAUCGCGGAUCGCCUUAGACUUGUGACGGAYAUCUGUUCUCAACAACUAGRAGAAAGUCUUCAUCUUAACUUCAGUCUGUCAUCACUGGUCAGCGUUAUUCAUCAUGCAGGACAAAAGCGUGUUUCGCAAGGGCCUAUGGGAGCUAAACUUAGCACAAACCCAAUGGAUUAUGGUCGACCAUCAAGUACACAGUCUGUCAUUCCAGGUGCCAAGGACCGUGGGGGAUUUGGACAACCAAAAGACAGAAAACCUGGUACCCCGUCAGCAUUGACUUCUGCUGCUAAACUUGAACAUGCGUACAUUGUGCAGUCACUGAUUGAAUGUAUUGGACCAAGACUAACUCCUGAUGAAAUGAACAUAUUCAACUCAAUCAUCCGUGAUGUAUUCUAUGGACUACCCAGGCCCCCCGCACCACCUUAUCACGUGACUAAAGAGUUAGAAGACUUUGAAGGAGCAUUGUUACAGUAUACGAAGGACAAGGGGCUUGUAGCUCAYCAUCAGUGGAUAGUCAAGAUUAACCAAUUGAGAAACCUGUCCAAGACACAUCAUGGAAUAAUCGUAGCAGGUCCACCAGGAACAGGCAAGUCUACGUGUAUAUCAGCUUUAAUCGAUACUCUUACAGAAUGCUCUAACACAAAGCACAAGAACACAGGGUCCCCAGUACACACCCACAAGCAACAGAAGAUCUACCCUCUAGGGGUAUCAGACCCUGCUAUCACGUUUGGCCGUAUCAACAGCAGUGGCGAAUUUGAAGAUGGRAUCUUUACUGCCUAUUGGAGGAAAGCCAAUAAAGAGCACAGUGUCCUUCAGAUGACCACGUGGAUAUGUCUAGAUGCCCCAUUGCAUCAUGGGUGGGCAGAGACACUUAACAGUGUGUUGGAUAAAGGAGAGUAUCUAAACCUAUUGAAUGGAGAACGACUGCACUUAUCAGAGCAUUUAAAGAUAAUCUUUGAGACGGAUGAUCUUAGCAAUGCAUCUCCUGCUACAGUAUCACGAUCUGCAAUAGUGUUCAUGGACGAGAGUGUACUUGGGUGGCGACCAUUGGCCGAAGCUUGGUUGGCCAACAGAUCCCCUCAAGAGAUCCAUUGUCUUCAGCGUGCGUUCAACAAGACCGUGGAUGCAAUCUCACAGUUUGUACAGUUUGAAGCAAGAUCCCGUGUAAAGAUCUGUGAGGUUGGUCUGUUCAGCACGUGCCUUGCCAUGCUAAAAGCUCUUAUUGAGGGUAACACAGAUAUCGGUGGUGAGCUUCAUAUUGAACGYCUUUAUCUGUUCUCGCUUAUCUGGUCGUUUGGUAGUCUACUCGAUGAACAUGAUCGUAAAAGAUUCAGCGAGAUUCUCUUGUCUCUCACAACUGCGUUACCAGAUUACGACCAAGAAAUAUCUGUCUUUGAUUACUAUGUAGAUGAAUCAGGCGAAUGGGAUUCCUGGCAUUCUAAAUUACCAGACUUAAGUUAUUUAGACGCAGCUGACCUUUUAGGGGAARUAUUUGUCGAGACAGUCGAUACGGUGCGCACAAGAAUGUUUAUGGAGCUAGUAAGUGCGUCAGGUAAWAACAUCUUGGUCACCGGCCCUACUGGAUGUGGCAAGACAUCCCUAAUCAACGAUUUUCUUGACAAACAAGAGGACAAGAACCAGAUCGUAAAACGCUACGUGUUCUCUGGAACGUCUAAAGCAGUCAAUCUUCAACGAUUUGUUGAAAAUAACAUCCAUCACAGACAAGGUUUUGUUUAUGGCGCAAAGAAAGGCAAGGGACUGAACGUGUUUAUUGAUGACCUUGGUAUCCCRCAACAAGACCAAUAUGGCGUACAGGACGUUAACGAGCUUCUUCGUCAAGUCCUCGACCAAGGUAUAUUGUUCAACACGAURAAGCCUUUUGAUCGUCGAGUGUUAGAGAGCGUGGUCGUUACUGCAGCGAUGGGUGUGUCCAGCGAUACAAGUGAACAAAACCAAAUACCCGAGAGACUCAAGCGUCAUUUUGCAACAUUUUAUCUACCGGCUUUGAGCRCUGAAACUCUCUUUACCAUCGUCAACUCAGUACUCGAGGCAAACAUGGCACAGAACCAAGGAAUGGGGCUACCACAGGAUUUCCAUGAACUGAUUGUUAAAGCAUCGUGUACAUUCCUGGAGAGAAUCCAGGAUGUCUUACGUCCAUCGUGCACCCCUGGACGCUUUCAUUAUCAGUUUAAUUUACGAGAUAUUACUCGAGUCUUCCAGGGUCUCAAGAACUGUUCUGAGGAAAUGAGAGCGGACGAAGAUUACAUAGUGUCUCUAUGGCAACACGAGAUGUUCCGAGUCAUAAAGGACAGAAUAUCUCGUGUAGCUGAUAACAAGUGGUUCGACAAAAAUAUGAUGACAGUUAUCAAAGAGUACUUCUCUUCGUUACCUGUCARCACCCCACCACCACUGUUCAUCACUUUCGCGUUAGACCCAGCCUCUUAUACCUCAAGAUCUGUCACUCAGGCUAGGAUAUCUACACCAAAGAACACCUUACAAGCGAUAGACAGCAUUGAUGAUGUGUCUCAAUGUCUUCAAAACUACCUACGAAGAUACAACGAUGAGUUCAACGAAGGACUGGAUAUCAUGGUGUCCCAUCACGUGAUGUUCCAUGUGAUCAGGGUGCAUAGAAUACUAAGUUAUAAAAACAGAGGUAACGUAUUACUGGUUGGAGCGAUAGGAGCACAUCUUGCCUCGUUAGCACGCCUGGCCCUGUACAUGUUAGACUACCAUAUACACCCCGUAGAUUGUUCGUACUCUAAUACGUUCCUUGACGGACUGAGAUCUGCUGUCAGACAAGCAGGGUGUGAUGGCAAGACGACAACUGUUUUAUUUACGGCACCUGAUCUUAAAGAUGACACAUAUCUUGAUGCACUCAAUAGUCUUCUGAUCAGUGGUGAAUACCCGCCGUUAUUCUCUGAAGAUGAGCUUGAAAGUUUGUUACAAGCUCUAAUGCCAGCCAUCAAGCGCAAGUUUUCCAGUUUUCUAGCAGAUCCAAUGAAGUUCUUCAUUACUCGCGUUAAGGCUAACUUACACGUGGUCUUGUGCUUGCCUCCUACACACAAGCUGCUGCGUGUGGGAUCCAGUUCGUUUCCUGGUAUACUGUACGGAUGUCAAUUGAACUGGAUCAAAGACUGGCCUAGUUAUGCUUUAGAAGGAGAAGCUUCUCAUUACCUUGCUAAGUAUAGUGUACUGGAAGGAAUUGACGAGCAGUCAAGACAAAAGGUCGUGUCCAGUCUCUCCACUAUCCAUGGUCACGUGUUAAGAGAGUGCCAUCAGAUUCCUUGGGCAGGACUUGACCAGAUUACCAGGCCAGCAUCAGGUGCAACUGAUAUCGAUACAAAUCUACCCCUCUCUAAAAAUAUCCUCCUUGAACGAAUCAACCUUAAGCACCAGUCCUCAGAUGGAACAUCGCUGGGUAAGAUAGUUGUUGGUCCAACGACGUACAUACAAUACUUACAUUGUUUUAGACAUAUAUUCAAAGAAAAAAGGAGAGAAGCCAAGAUACAAGUCCAGAAACUUGGGCGUGCUUUAUCUACACUAGACCAGACUCGCAAGGAUGCUAUCGUUAUAAAAGAAGUUAUCUCAGAAACAAAACAAAAACUUGAAGUAGCUAAAGAAAAAUCAGCCGAUUUACUAAAAGCACUCACUCACAAGGCAACAUCACUCGAGAAACUGAAGUCCAAGCUAGGUAUUGGAAGCAGUACACUAAGUGCCUUUACAGCCCUGAUUGAUAACGAGAUGGAUGAUGAUGAUGAUGAUCUAUUGUACGAUGAUGAAGAAGAUGAACUGGACCAGGAGUUUGAGAAAAUCAAAAAUGCUAAAAUGAAAAGUAGAAGGAUUAAAGUAAUUGAGCAGAUAACUAGUGCUGAAGGUGCGCUGGAGGAAGCAAGAGUACAACUGAAGAAAGCAGAACAAAAUGCGAAUCGAUGGCAAAACAAAGUUGAUCGUUCUCUGUGUGAGCGUCUUCGUGCAUUUCAAAGCCCUCCUCCCAUGACAGGCAUGGUAAUGGUCAUGACCAUGGUAUUAAUUGGACGUCCUGAAUUCGCUUCUGGUAUCGGUGGGGCUGGCAGCUUCCAUUCUACAUCCAGUAGGGAACGGAAAGGAGGAGAAUCUCUCACAGGAGGUUCUGAUGAGAUGUCAAGGGCAAGCUCGGCAACCAUGAGAAGAAGAGGGUUGAAGGAACAACCAAAAGGAUCUUCCUCGCAGGGGAAUCUGCAUGGUGUGUCAAGUGAAGGCAAAGUUGAUCGUGCCUCAUGGAAAGCAAUCCAGCAAAUCAUGAAUGAUUCUCAGAAGUUUGUGGAGUCAUUACACAACAUGAAUCGUAAAGAAGGUCUUCCCGAUGAUAUCCUUUCUGGUGUCCAGUCCUUCCUGGUUACAUCAAGUGGUGGGGAACUGGGUGUUAGUGAUGGGGACCUGGGUUCUGCUGCAGCUGGUGCUAGUGCCAGUAAUUAUGCCGUAUCGCCAUCAACAGGAAGACCAUCCAUAACUCCAGGAGAGCGCAAAGCACAAGGCAUCACUCUUGCAGCAGCCAAGUAUUCAUCAGAAGACGCAGCAGUUCUUGUAGAGUACAUUAUCUCUUUGGUGGAUUAUACUCGUUUAUAUAAACCAUACAAAAAGGCUUUGGAAUAUCUGGAGGAACUGAUAAAGGAGAAGGAAGAGGAUGAAAAGCGAACAGAAUUGGAACAACUGAAACAACUUGCGCCUUCAAAAGAUGAAGCCGAACCUGAGCCUGAAGAAGAACUAACCGAAGCAGACUUGCCAGGAUUACAGCAGGAUGUAAAACAAUUACAAGAAGAGUUUGAUGAUGCUGUGGUGAUCAAACAUAAUCUUGAGAAUGACGUGAAAUCGUGCAGUGAGAGGCUGAAAGAAGCUACUGACCUACUGCACAGCCUAAAACACAUCGAAAAAGAAUGGAAAGCCUACGUCCAGGAGUAUUCAUCACCAGAGAUACUGCUGGCCAACUGCAUUGCUGCUGCAGCUUUCCUUACUUACUGUGGUGCAAUGGUAAUCGAUCAAAGAAAACGUAUGGGUAAAUACUUCAUGCAGGUAUGUCGAGAGAACGGCAUGAAUAUCCAAAUGAGACAUCUUUUCUCUCGGUUGACAUUGGCAGAGUUACUGAAAGGAAAGAUUACCUUGAAGAAAUGGGAGAAUAUGAAUCUCCCAACAGAUCCUUUGUCCUUGGAUAACAUGUGCAUCGUAUCUCAAGAAGAGUCAUCUGACACGUGGCCAUUACUGUGUGAUCCUCAGAGGAUUGCUAUCACAUGGGUCAAUACCAUGCUGGGUCAGGCAUCCACCGUCAAGUAUAAGGAGUUGCGUGGUCACUUAGAAACAUCGCUAAUGGAGGGCACCACCCUGCUGAUAACAGACGUUGAUGUGAACAGUCUUGUGACUGAUAGCAGAUUCUAUCAUAUCUUGAGAAGUAGAUACAGGUUUUUAACUUCUGUUUCACCGUUCAAACUUAUGAUCGGUGAACAUGAAAUCGAGUGUCAGCCAGGAUUCAGGUUGGUUUUCGCAACUACGUCACCAGCUGAGGCUGUGCCACCAGGCCUGUCAGCCUACGUCAAUGUCGUGGAAUUCGUCCAGUCACGUGACGGCCUGGAAGAAAUGUUUCUUGAUCGAUUCUUUAGGCUUGAGAAACCAAGAAUGCAGGAGACUAGAACACAAGUCAUCACGGAAAUGGUGUCUUUAAUGGAGGGUCUACACGCUGCUGAAGAGAAUAUUUUGUCGUGUCUUGGUAGUGGACAUCGUUUGUUGUAUAAUCUUGCUGCUACCAAAAAACUGGCUUCUAUCAAACGAUUAUACGAUGAAACGCUAGAAAGCCAAAUGCGUUGUCGAGGUAUAGAGAAUUCCAUCUUACAGUCACGUGAAGGCUAUCGACCAAUCGCUCGUCGAGCUGCUGUCAUGUUUGACGUGACACGUGUGAUGUCCGAAAUCAACCCCGCCUACCAAACAUCCUUGUCUCAGUUUCUUGUCGUUUUUGAUGCUGCUAUUACUCACUCUGAACGAACCGCAGUAAAGGCAGUGGUUGAACGUCUUGGUUACAGUGCUUUCUAUACAACAGCAAGAUCAUUGUUUGAGCAGGACAGACCUAUCUUUACCAUACUGACCGCUCUUGAGGUGGAAGAUUCGGCUAAUCGCAUUAGUGCUGGUGAUCGCGAGUUCCUGAUUCAUCCAACAUUUGGUGCAACAGUGAAAACAGCGCUGAAUCCAAACCUUGCUUCAGACUUGUCAUCACGAGCACAAGGAAAGAAGCCUUUUGAUUGGAUGCACGAUGAACAAUAUGCAAACUUACAGCUUUUAGCACAACACUUUGAGUGGUUUCAAGACCCAUUUGACAAAAUGGCCAAGGAUGGACGUGAAACACAGUGGAGACAGAUCACUGAACACGAGAAACCAGAACUAGUAGCGUUACCAGAUGGGCUAGAUGACAAGUACACUCCCAUUCAAAGACUGAUGGUCAUACGAGCCUUGCGUGGUGAUCGUUUGUUACCUGCAUCCAUGUGUUUUAUAACAUCUGUUUUAGGGAAAAGAUACACAGGGGAACUUCCCAUGGACCUUCCCGCAGCCUAUCGUCAAAGUGAUUGCCGCAGGCCAAUUGUAUUGCUGUAUACGCAAGAAGCGAACAUGGUGGAGAGAGUCGUGAUAGAUGCUGCUCAAAGGAAACAGGUCGAACUGCAUGUUGUUGGACUCACUAAUGUUGGUAGUAAUGAAGAACGUAUGGCUAGAAAACUAAUCCACAAAGCAAUGGUUCAGGGAAGCUGGGUUCUUCUACAUAAUGCUCAUAACACUCCUCGUCUGUUGAGCGCGCUAGACUCCUUCAUGCAGGAAACCAAGACAGUAGAUCCAGAGUUCAGGUUGUGGGUGUCUAUCCAACCCAGGCCAGACAUACCAUUCUCUCUACUCCAGACAGCUGUCAAAGUAGUAGCUGAUUCACCACAGAGUACUAAAGACAGUUUACUACGGUCCAUGACUUGGGUUGAUAACGAUUUGUUACGUGUGAGUAACCGUGCUGAAUGGCCUGCUGUGCUGCAUAAUAUCUGUAUGGUACACAGUGCUGUUAGACUAAGAUCACGGUUUAAACAUGUGGGCUGGAACAACCCCGAGGAUUUACGCAACAUUGGAACAGGAGAAUUAUGGCAAGCCCUUGAUCUGGCUGUCAGAGAAUUCCAAGAUACCGCUGACUUAUCUGCUGCUGGAGGAAACACAAGAAGCAUACAGUGGAAUGGAUUGCGUUACAUGCUGGCUGAGGUGGUGUACGGUAGUAGCGUAAGUGAUGAGUUCGACCGUCAGGCACUCAGUUCUAUCAUCGAUUACUGGAUCAGCCCUGCAGCUGUUAAGAGAGAGUUUGAAGCAGCAAAGACCAAGUACAAAUUACCACAAGCGUUAUUUGGUAGUCAUAUACGUGCAAGUACUAUCCUAUCAGCUAUGGAGUCAGUAUCGACUGAUAUAUUAGAAAUACCUGAAGCUUGUGGAAUCCAUUCUUCUCUAGAGACCCAUCUACCAGAUCAUCAGUACGUAUUCACUCGACUUAAUCUUUUACUUGACCAUAUGGCUGCUUCAGAUAGCCUAACACACGCGGUCAGUGAUCCCUCAUCCCUCACACCAACAUCCGGGGUAGUACUUCAGAGCUCUAGUUCCCAGGCUAUUGGAGCUGGCGCAUUGUGUUUGGCGGAGGCUGGUGUAUUUGCUAGUGCCAGUAUUGUGGCGAUGAGGAGCCGUAAAGAAGUAGAGCUAAACGAGCUGUGUGUUACUAUGUUAUCCAAGUUACCAAAAGCCUGGAAUAGGGAGAGUGUAUAUGAACGCAUGAAAAAAGCUGGGGGUGCUAACCCAUUCAAUCUAUUUAUACUGGCUGAAGUGGACUGUAUGUUAAGACUGCUGGUGGCAGUACGAGAGACACUGAUGGCCAUCAAAGUCGCAACAGAUGAUGAUAUCUAUGGAGACAGACUAACUGAAGAGCUUCUACAAGCAUCUGAUGAUCUGUAUCACUCUAGAAUACCUGCAAAGUGGAUCGAGCUGAGUGGAGAAGUCUCUCCUCCACCCACAUGGAGCAUCGCCUCUUGGUUUACUGAUUUAUCCAGCAGAUUCUCACACAUAGAUCGCAUAGUCGUACAGGGUCGGGAUCGAGUGCCUGCUUACUGGUUGGGUGCAUUUUUUAACCCCCGACGUCUUCUGUCCGUCAUUAAACAGGAAACAGUUCGACACUUUGAGGGCAAAGCAUCUGGUAACGAACCGUAUGUCUUCCAGACUGAAAUCACUGGUCGAGAUAAGGAUCACCUCCGUGAACCUCCUCUAGAGGGCAUAUUUGUUUAUGGCGUUUUUCUGUGGGGCUGUGCCUGGGAGAAAACAACUGGAGAUUUACUAGAUGCACCACCAAAAUAUGGUCCCACACCUUUACCUGUGGUCCAUAUUACUGUUGUUCCUCAAGGAGACAAAGUGUCAGUGAAUGACCCUGUUCGUGCGGCUGUAUCUUAUUCAUGUCCCUGUUACCCAUCGAGGAUCAGUUCCAGAGAGCCAGUUCUUCUACUAGACGUCGAUAAUAAAGACAUAACAGGCACUCGCUGGCCCCUAAGGGGUCUUUCAUGUACAUUAAGGCCUUUUUAAGCACUUUUUACAUUAACGAUAAAGGCCCAUUUUGAGAGUAAUGGACGCAUGGUGGUCCAUCAAGGAACUUCUGGGUCCAUUUAGGCCCAUUCUGCUGAUGUUAUCCUAUAUACGGGAUAGGAACGUUUUCGUGUGCAUUUUAACACUUUUGUAAUUUGUUUUCUGUAUUUAUACGAACGUUUUAUUGACAAA